AUGCAAAAUUUCAACAUUUUACGCGAAAUCAUCAUAAUAUCCUCAUUGUUGUCAUGUAUAACUUGCUUCAAUGAUGAUACUUCGAUACACGAAACUGGUCUCACGUGUGGUUCUUAUCAAUACCCUGCUGAUGGUGGUGGCAACAAGUUAAUGCAAAACUUGAUGGUUGCAUUGGACGCGGUAUCUUUCCAGGUGAAACAACAUGGAUGGGGAGCACAAACAUUAGUCGGAAAUUGGAAUCCGAUGCACGCGUUAGGCCAAUGUCGUCGCGAUCUCAAUCCAACGCAAUGCUAUACUUGUUUCACGCAAGCAAGACAGUUAUUAUCGAGGUGCGCGCCAAAGGUUUCAGGUAGAGUUUACCUCGACGGUUGUUUUCUUCGUUAUGAUAACUACACUUUCUUUGAUGAGGGUGUGGACUUCACGCAUGAUACGAGAACGUGUUCGACGGAAAGAGGAGAGACGGUUAGUCCGAUACAUGUUGAGGCGGUGAUUAUGAAUGUGAGUAAGGGUGCCGGGGAACAUAUAUUUGCGGAGGACGAGGAGGGUGGUGUUUUUGGAUUGGCGCAGUGUUGGGAGACAGUGGAUAAAUGGAGUUGCCAGAGGUGUUUAAGAGAAGCGGCGAAGAAAGUGCAGGAAUGUGUUCCUAGUUCUGAGGGUAGAAGCUUGUUUACUGGUUGUUUUAUCAGGUAUUCGACGCGUAAAUUCUAUAACGACAUCUUUGUGCGGAAUGAUACUUGGACUGGUAUUCCUCCUCCUGUUCCUUCUCGAGGUAGUAACAAUAACUUCAAUUCAAUCAUUAUAGUUACCUCUACAAUUAACAAGAGAAAACAAAUUUAUGUAUAG